AGAAAAAUAACCACCGGUUCAAAUUCAGUCUUGGUUCUCGAGUCUUGAACUCUUCCUUCUCUUGCACUCUUCCUUCUCUUACACUCUUCUUCGAUCGCACACCCACGUCUCUGUGCAGUGUGUAUAAAACACCCCAACACUCACUCAUGUGGUCACGCACCAAUUGUCCCUGCAACUCGUUCGACGAAAGUCCCAAUUCACAUUCAUUUCACACUCUGGAAACCCAUCAUCUCAAACUUUCUUUUGAGGCUUACAGAAAUGUACGUGGUUAAGAGGGAUGGGCGCCAAGAACCUUUGCAAUUAGACAAGAUUGCUGCCCGUCUACAGAGGUUUAGUUAUGGGCUCAAUGCCGCGCACUGUGACCCGGUGCUCGUGGCACACAAGGUCUGUGCUGGGGUCUACAAUGGUGUCACCACCACACAACUUGAUGAGUUGGCUGCUGAGACUACGGCGUCUAUGGCUACAAACCACCCUGACUAUGCUUUGUUGGCGGCUAGGAUCUCUGUUUCGAAUCUGCAUAAGAGUACAAAGGAGUCAUUUUCGGAAACGAUUAGAGUCAUGUACAACUUCUUUGAUAAAAGGUCUGGGAAGAAGGCUCCUCUGGUUGCUGAUGAUGUUUAUGAAAUAAUUAUGAAGAAUGCUUCACGCUUGGACAGUGAGAUCAUUUAUGAAAGAGAUUUUGAUUAUGACUACUUUGGUUUUAAAACUCUAGAGAGGUCCUACCUUUUAAAGGUAAAUGAGAAGAUUGUGGAAAGGCCGCAGCACAUGUUGAUGAGGGUUUCUGUUGGUAUACACAAGGAUGACAUUGCGUCUGCUCUCCAAACCUACCAUUUGAUGUCCCAGCGUUGGUUCAUUCAUGCUACUCCGACCCUUUUCAAUGGAGGAACUCCACAGCCCCAAUUGAGUAGCUGCUUCCUUAUGUGCAUGAAAGAUGACAGUAUUCAAGGAAUUUUUGAUACAUUGAAGGAAUGUGCUAUUAUUAGCAAAUCAGCUGGAGGGCUUGGUAUCUCCAUUCAUAAUGUUCGUGCAACAGGUAGCUACAUUCGUGGGACAAACAGUACUUCGAAUGGUAUUGUGCCUAUGCUUCGAGUGUUUAAUAGCACUGCUCGUUAUGUUGAUCAAGGGGGGGGCAGAAGAAAGGGUGCUUUUUCCAUAUAUUUGGAGCCAUGGCAUGCUGAUAUAUUUGAUCUUCUAGAUCUUAAAAGGAACCAUGGCAAGGAAGAACAUCGGGCUCGAGAUCUAUUUUAUGCUCUCUGGAUUCCUGAUCUCUUCAUGGAAAGAGUCCAAGGUGAUGGGAAAUGGUCUUUGUUUUGUCCAAAUGAGGCUCCUGGCUUAGCUGAUCUUUGGGGUGAAAAAUUUGAGAAGUUGUACACCCAAUAUGAGGACGAGGGUAAGGCAAAGAAGGUUAUCCCUGCAAGGAAACUGUGGUUUGAGAUAUUAAAUUCGCAGAUUGAAACAGGAACUCCAUUUAUGCUUUUCAAGGAUUCUUGUAAUAGGAAAAGUAACCAGCAGAAUCUGGGUACCAUCAAGUCUUCAAAUCUUUGCACUGAAAUUAUUGAGUUCACAAGUCCAACAGAAACUGCAGUUUGUAAUUUGGCAUCCAUUGCAUUACCCCGAUAUGUCAAGGAAAAGCAGGUGUCUAUUGACACAAACUCUUGUAAGAUGAUUGGAUCUAGAGAUUCAAAGAACCGGUACUUUGAUUUUGACAAACUAGCCGAGGUUACUAAAAUAGUUACUGCAAAUCUCAACAAAAUAAUUGAUGUCAAUUACUACCCCAUUGAAACUGCAAAGAGGUCAAAUUUACAGCACAGACCUAUUGGUAUUGGAGUUCAGGGUCUUGCAGAUACUUUCAUUCUUCUUGGCAUGCCAUUUGAUUCGCCAGAGGCCCAACAGCUAAACAAAGACAUUUUUGAAACUAUUUACUAUCAUGCAUUGAGAGCUUCUACUGAUUUGGCCGCAUUAGAUGGUCCCUAUGAGACAUAUCAUGGCAGUCCUGUGAGCAGGGGAAUUUUGCAAGUUGACAUGUGGGGUGUAACACCAUCAGAUCAAUGGGACUGGGGUGCUCUUAGGCAAAUGAUCUCAAAAAAUGGACUGAGGAAUUCCCUUCUAGUAGCACCUAUGCCAACCGCUUCAACCAGCCAGAUUCUUGGUAACAAUGAGUGCUUUGAGCCUUAUACAUCCAACAUAUAUAGUCGCAGAGUUUUAAGUGGCGAAUUUGUUGUAGUGAACAAACAUCUACUUCAUGAUUUAACGGAAAUGGGUCUUUGGUCUCAUGCUGUUAAGAGCAAAAUAAUUUAUGAGAAUGGCUCGAUCUCAAACAUCCCUGAGAUUCCUGAGGAGUUGAAAGCUAUUUACAAGUCUGUCUGGGAAAUCAAGCAGAAGACCUUGGUUGACAUGGCUGCUGAUCGUGGGUGCUACAUUGAUCAGAGUCAGAGUCUGAAUAUUCACAUGGAUCAACCUGACCUUGGAAAGCUUACGUCCCUGCACUUCUAUGCUUGGUCUAAGGGUUUGAAAACGGGAAUGUAUUAUCUAAGAACACGAGCUGCAGCGGAUGCUAUCAAAUUCACUGUUGAUAUCUCUGCGCUUAAUAACGAUAAUAAUAACAAGGUGGAUGGUGAUGUUAAUGCUGAUAUGCCAGAAGUUUGUUUUCUGCAGAAUCGAGAGGAAUGCAUGGCUUGUGGAAGUUAAGUCCCCUCUCACCUCCACCUCUUAUCGUCAAUGUCUGAAUCAUGUCCUUGUUGACGAGAAGUGAGAUGAAUGGA